GUUUGACUUAAUUAACCGCACCUGAGCUUCGCGCCGUGUGUUGUCAAAAUGGAAGGCUUUUGCCGAAAGUAUUUGAGCCUAGUGUUACUGGAGGAGGGCAUCCGGGAAGACUCGGUGAACGAACUGGCAUCAAUGGGCUCUUGCCAGCUCCUUACAUCUUUGGUCCUGUCUGUAUGCUGUCAUGUACUGUCAACAACAGCAUGGUCAGUGAAUAACUUCCUCAUGACAGGACCCAAGGCAUAUCUUAUGUAUGCAAGUAGCGUGCAAGCAGGGGCACAGCGUGGCAUUGAGGAGUGUAAAUAUCAGUUUGCAUGGGACAGGUGGAACUGCCCGGAGAGUGAAUUACAACUGUCAACACAAAAAGGGUUGCGAAGGGCAACCAAAGAAACGGCUUUCAUACACGCCAUAAGUGCAGCUGGAGUUAUGUAUACAUUGACCAAGAACUGCAGCAUGGGAGACUUCGAUAACUGUGGCUGUGAUGACUCUAAUAUUGGAAAAAUUGGAGGUCGAGGCUGGAUUUGGGGUGGAUGCAGUGAUAAUGCUGAAUUUGGGGAGAAAAUUUCUAAACAGUUUGUAGAUGCGCUGGAAAAUGGGCACGAUUCACGCGCUGCCGUAAACCGUCACAACAACGAGGCUGGUAGACUUGCUAUCAGAUCGACGAUGAAGAGAUCAUGUAAGUGUCACGGCGUGUCUGGAAGCUGCAGCGUUCAGACAUGCUGGAUGCAACUGUCUGAGUUCAGAGACGUUGGUAACUACCUGAAAAUCAAAUACGACCAGGCACAGAAGCUUGAGCUGGACCAAAGACGUAUGCGCGUUGGGAAUAGCGCUGAGAACCGCGGCGCAAUUGCGGACACGUUUAGCAGCGUCGCGCGCACUGAGCUCAUUCACCUGGAGGACUCUCCAAAUUACUGUGUGAAAAAUCUAAGCCUGGGACUGCACGGAACUGAAGGCAGGGAGUGUUUGCGGAGUGGCAAUAAUUUGUCACAGUUUGAAAAGAGAAGCUGCAGAAGGCUGUGCCACGAGUGUGGCCUAAAAGUAGAGGAAAAGAGAAUAGAGAUAGUGAGUAGCUGCAACUGCAAAUUCCACUGGUGCUGUACAGUCAAGUGUGAAAAGUGCACACAGUUCGUAACAAAACAUAUUUGUGCAAAAAGGAAUAAGAGUAGUCGGUCACACAACAGUUCACGAAAGAGGCAGCGUGAACGAAGUUAAAUCCCCCUCCCGGCACAUCUGUAAAAUACAAAAUAUAUAUUUGUAUAUACGGACUAUAUUUAAAGCUGAUUUCAAGAAAAUCGAAUUCCCAACGUGGACAAAACUGGUUCUUUUCUUAGCUGACAAUUAUCAAGUACUUAUUUUCUAUAUGUGCACUUUUUUAUAUUUUAUAUCAGAUCACCGUCUUGGUUGCUAAACCUUUAAGAAUUGUUCCUUAUUUUGAGCACAAAUCUCUUAAUUUCCUGACACAUAUCGCUUGACAAUGUUUAAUGCACAAUGGGUUUAAUGUUUUCGUGGGUUAUUUUUUUCAAUCUGUGAUUGU